AUGAAGAGCGCAGUGCUGGUCACGGGGGCGUCGCGCGGCUUCGGCCGCUGCUUGACGCUCGACUUCGCGCGUCUGCUCAAGACUCAGGACCUCGAUCUGUGCGUGGACCUGGGCAACCCGGCUGACUACGCGGCGAAGGUGGACCAGGUGCUGCUGCAGUUGGCGGCGCAGAGCUACGACCGCGUCUUCCUUGUGCACAACGCAGGGUCGUUGGGCCAGCUCGGAGUCGUACAGGAGUGUGCCUCAUCCCCGACGGAGCUAGCGCAGUACUGGGAGCUGAACGUGACGUCCGUUUUGUGGCUCAACAAGCGCUUCCUGGACGUCUUCGGGGCCUCGAGGGACGAGUUGCUGGCCGCGACUCCCGCUACUGGUGACGAGAAGACGCAGCUGGUGAUCGUCAACAUCACGUCGCUGUGUGGCAUCGAGCCCUUCAAGACGCACAUGAUGUACUGUAGUGGCAAGGCGGCGCGCGAGAUGCACCACCGUGUGAUCGCGACAGAGCAGCAGGUGGUGGACAAGGUGCGCGUGCUGCAGUACUCGCCCGGACCGAUGGACACGGACAUGCAGAAGACAAUCCGCGAGUCGCCGUGUGUGGACCCUGAGCUUCGGAAGCAGUUCGAGGACAUGAAGGCUCAAGGCACGCUGAUCCCACCAGCCCAAUCUUCGCAGCGUGGAGUGAAACUUGCUAUUAGUGGGGACUACGAGACUGGAGCGCAUGUGGACUAUUAUGACUUGGAUUCUCCAACCAAGGAGUAA